AUGGUUGAGGAGUCCAAUUCAACUUUAAACAAAUCCAAGACCAAAACAACACGUCCAAAAGCAGUAUACUUGUGGUCAGAAGCAGAUGUUCAGAAAUGGUUACGACGACAUUGCAGUGACUAUUACAAUAUGUAUUGGGAGAGAUUUCAUGAGCACGACAUCACAGGCAGGGCUUUAGUUCGAAUAAACGAUAACACAUUACUAAGAAUGGGAAUCAUAAAUAAGGAGCAUCGGGAGGCUAUCUGGCGGGAAAUAUUAAAGUUGAGGCUUAAGACUGAUAUUGUAGAAAUAAGAGAUUUGGAACGAAGACAUUACUACUUCAACUAUGAUUUGUGA